AUGCGAAGAUGCAGGCAUCACCUGUGUACCCCACCAGGCCCUCAAGAGAAGAACACCGGUGAGAAAGUAGGAGAGAACCGCCACGCUACCAUCGAAUUGUCAGGAUUGACCAGUCGCAGGAGACAAGGCUACCGGUUCGCCAACACGGUUGGCCAAGUUGCGGAUUCGACUCUGAUAAAAGGUCAUCCUCUGUCAACGCCUGAGAUCGGCAAAGCAAGCAGCACCAGUCCAUCUGAUCUGGACGCGUCCUUUGUAGUGGGCAACUUAGCCCGUCGAACUUUUGGCCGGGGAUUGCUGGAUGAGCUGCACAUUGAAGGCUACUCCUUCGGGAAGUGGACAGCCUUCGAGGAGUUGACUGAUCAGCAAUGCCUUGAAAUCUUGGACCAUUACAAACGGCUGGUUGGAGCAGUCCCAUUUGCUUUGCUUCUACCUGACUUGCCGCCCGAAGACCUCAAAUCCAAGUGCCCGCUACUUCUCCUAUCGGUUCUCCUCACAGCAAGCAGCUCCUACCUGGAAAUCCAGAAGCAGGCAGAUGAGAUCUUCCGCCAUGUUCUCGCGGACCGAUCCAUCAUCAAAGGACAGCGCAGUCUCGAGCUCUUCAAGGGUCUUGUCACCUAUCUUACUUGGUACCACCACCGUUUCGAUCCCGAGACGCAGCAGUUUUACCAGCUGCUGCAAAUGUCCACAGCAAUGGCUGCAGAUCUGAGUCUUUCGAAGAAGUUUGCGGAAGACAAUGGCACCCUGCAAAGCCAAUCGUUAGAUGAUCUCAACAACGUCCGAGCGUUUCUCCUCUGCUAUUAUCUCAACUGUGGUGGUGCUGUUCUCGGGUACGAUAGACUGGAGAAUAUGCACUGCAUACGUAGUUUGAGAAAUGCUGCCCAUUUGCUGGCCCGAUCACUGUCGCAGCCACUUGACACUGAGUCGACAGCCAUCAUCGAGUUGAUGUACAUCGCAGCACAGCACCGGACUUCGUUGAAUGGCAUGGAAAACCGGGAGCCGUCUCAAAUUCCAUCCUGGAGCUCAGAAUCGGCACUAAGAUCGUGGCGAGACAAAUAUCUGCACGCCCAGAGCCCGUGCGUGGUAAGAUCAAGCUAUCAUUAUAUUUCCACCUACAGCCGGCUCAAAAGGGCGGAUUCCACUCCUCCUUCGCCCGCAGAUAUUGCUGCCUGCCUCAAGAUCUGUCAGGCCCAGCUUUCAAAUGUCCUUCAAGAAGGCCCAACCUAUCUCACCUUGUUUGGUAUCGUCGAAUGGGCACCCAUAUUGACGUACCUGUUCCUCCUUCCUCGAUUGGAGGCCUCGGUUACGACAGCAUCGACGUCAGCUUCGAUGACGGAUUUGACGCCACGUACAACUAAAAUGCUUGAGCGAUUGCGUCUCCAAGUUGCGGAACUCAAGGCCACAGCUCAGUUCCAGACAACUUUAGGAGCUCACCAUUUCUUCAUGUGGCUGGAGAUAAUAUUCUCGGCCAGUGAGCGUUGCACAUUAUCCUUGCAGAAGGCACAUUCGAGGCAGAGCCCUGGGACACCUGUGGAUGGAGGGGGUUCAGCAUAUGAACUCAUCCAUUCUUACACCGAUGAUGCAGAAGAUGGUCUAACUAGUCAGCCUCGCGAAAGCCUGAGGAUGGAGCGGUUCUGGGACGACUUCAUGUCAGACUGGCUCCAGUGGUAG